UCAACCCCGAACAUUUGAAGACGAACAACACAGAAUCAAAUAUUUAUUCCUAUUUGAAAAAAAGUAAUAAUCUGUUUUUUUUCCAAAAUGAAUUCCAAUUCACCAAAAGACAAGCCAUCGGCUUCAAACUCGACAACUGGGGACCAGCAGCAGAAUUCCGGGGCCGGAGGUGACUCAAACUUGCCGCCAAAUGGACUGAGGCGAUCGGCUAGAAUCGCACACCGAAAUGAGCUCAAGAGGCGGGCCAUGGCCGAAAUAAAUGAUACCACUACUGAGCCAAAAGCCAAAAGGGCGAAGAAAACUGUUGAGAAAAAAUCAUCGAAGACUAAGGCUUCCAAAUCCUUGGUAAAGAAAGCAAAUCAAGGAGACGACCCAGAGCCUACAAGGCAAUCCGUGGUCGAGAAUGUCGAGAUGGUGGUUCUUGAGAGUCCACGUACUCCAAUUGAUGGUGAUGAAAAAUCCGAGAGAGUACCUUCUGAAAUCGCUAAACCUGAAAUCGUGGCAGCCGAAUCAGCCAAUCCUAAAAUUGCUGAGCCUGAAAUAGUGGCAACCAAGGCAACCGAAAUUUAGCUGCAGCUUAAGCUAGAAAAUUAAUUAUGGCUUGUGUUUAAAUUUUAUUUACGUUUUGUGACUUUUGUUUUAAAUUCAUAUGUAACGAAAAUUCGAAUAUUAUUAUUUGG